AUGAAUAUCCUGAUUUGGAAUUGUCAGGGGAUUGUGAAUCGUAAGACUAGACAUGCACUUAAGCUUCUCAUCCAAAAACAUCAGGUUCACGCUGUGUUUUUGAGCGAAACCCAUUGCACCAAAGAACAGCACAAAUCUUUGCCUCGUUCUGUGGGCCUUCAAAACAUCAUCCACUUUGAUCGAGUCGAUCGGGCGAGCGGCCUAGCUUUUCUGUAUGAUGAUUCGAUCUCUGUGAAUGUGAGAGAUGUUAACUACUUCUAUAUAGAUGUGGAUGUGAAGGACUCGUCGGAGGUGCAGUGGCGCUUCACUGGUUUUUAUGGACAUCCGGAGACAGAACAAAGACAUAUUUCCUGGGAUUUGCUGCGCUCUCUGGCUGGUAAUGCGUCGAUCAAAUGGGUUGUAGCCGGGGAUUUCAAUGAGAUCCUCGACCUGGGGGAGAAAUCUGGGGGGAGGCUACGGAGUCUGAAUCAGAUGAAUGCCUUUCGUCAAGCUUUACUGGAUUGUAAUAUGGAGGAUAUGGGUGCAGCUGGAGGGAGUUUUACUUGGAGUGAUUCCAACACCAAGGAGAGAUUGGAUCGGGGUGUGUGCUCCCCGGGUUGGUGGGCGGAGUUCGGUUUCUCGAGGAUCAUCAAUCUUCCCCUUAGUAGAUCGGAUCAUGUUCCUUUGUUACUGGAGGUGCACAAGGAACAUGUUGUGAACUAUCGGGGGCGUCGCCGUUUUAGGUUUGAAGAGAUGUGGUGCUCCCAUGAAUCUUUUUCUCAAGUUGUGGAUGCAGCGUGGGCAGGCCAACAAGAUUUCCCAAAGGGUAUCGAGGAUGUAGUUGUCAACUAUUUUCAGCAAAUUUUUGCAAGCCAAGAGUCCAAUCUCGAGGCUCAGGAUGUUGUUUUGCAGUCCAUUGAUGUUAGGGUUACGACGGAGAUGAAUGACUCACUUUUGGCUCCCUACACCGUCGAGGAGAUCAAGGAGGCCUUAUUCCAAAUGCACCCGUACAAAGCUCCUAGACCAGAUGGAAUGUCACCUUUCUUCUUCCAAAAAUAUUGGGACUUAGUGGGCUCUGAGGUUUGUCAUGCUGUGAUUUCUUUGCUAACUACUAAAGACAUGCCGCAGGGUUUAAAUUUCACCCAUGUGGUCUUAAUCCCAAAAGUAAAGGAGGUUCAGACUAUGUCGCAGUUGCAACCCAUUGCCUUGUGCAAUGUAGUUUACAAGAUCGCUUCAAAAGUUUUGGCUAAUAGGCUCAAAGCUUUCUUGCCGAGGAUUAUAUCACAACAGCAGAGUGCCUUCGUCCCUGACCGGUUAAUCUCUGACAAUACUCUUGUAGCCUCCGAACUUGCACAUUAUAUGCAUCGUCUAUGUCGGGGUCAAGAAGGUUUCCUUGCACUCAAGUUGGACAUAAGCAAAGCAUAUGACAGGUUGGAAUGGAGUUUUCUGUAG